CUGACACGGAAGCAAACCAAUGAAUUGUGUUAGAAUGUGAAUCGUCUUCAGUUAUUGGUCCCACUCAGAGACCAACCCUUAUUUGCUGAGCCAAUAACUGAUAAAGAUGAUUGAUUGACGAACAUUUUAACCAAUUAGAAACCCAUGUUUUCUUUUGGGCAGGUUCUCGAGUGAAGGGGUGGGGUGUUCGAGGUCAUUCAGACCCUCUUCGACUCACUCUAUCAGCGUGUGUUUGAGGGGUCGGGCGGCUGGUGAGGAAUAGUCGCCGGGCGGUUGCACAUUUCAGACGGAAUUUGAGAAAGACAUACCGCCGAAAAAUUACACCAGAGGCUGAAGAAACCACCCCCGGUGACGACUUCUGUGAAAUCUCUUAAUGCAGCAUCUGCGCCACACGUCCAACUAACAGAACGCAACCCGGCUACCAGACACUAGCCAGGCUAGCUUUUCAUCCCUGAAAACUGACGGCGUCUGGCUUGUGAUAGCUAGCCUCCCAGCUAAUUAUCCAGCAGCUAACAUCAUUUAGCGUGCUUCUACUCGCGCAAGUCGAAACUACAGCAGCCGCUCGCGUUGGAGCCGUUUAGAUCGCGAGCUCUGAAUCCCACAUUUGGACAAAAACAAAUAACGGUCCCCCCUCCACACACUCCUUCCUAAACUAAACUGCCUGCCAGGGGGGACAGCAUCUGCGUUGCGUUGCUUGUUGUGACACCCAUCACACCCAUCUCCCCCAACCCCUUCACCUCUGCCCCUCCACCUUUUUUUCUCCUCCUCCACCCGAAACACUGGAAAUCCAGAAGCUGUCGGAGGGCGGCGAAGGGCCGGUGAGGCUGGGGGUGGGAACGGCUCCGGACUCGCAGGGAGUCGCAACGGUUACGGACGCCAAGCACAGCCGUGGGGAUCUAUCGAAAAGCAUGGACGGACUGGCCGUGGAGGUUCGCGGCUCGAACGGGGCCUUCUACAAGGGUUUUAUCAAAGAUGUCCAUGAAGACUCUCUCACUAUUGUAUUUGAAAACAACUGGCAGCCUGAGAGACAGCUGCCUUUCAGCGACGUGCGGCUGCCUCCUCCAGCCGACUACCACAAAGACAUUGGCGAAGGCGAGGAGGUGGAGGUUUACUCCAGGGCCAACGAACAGGAGCCGUGCGGGUGGUGGUUAGCACGGGUCAGGAUGAUGAAGGGGGAGUUUUACGUAAUCGAAUACGCAGCUUGCGAUGCCACAUACAACGAGAUUGUCACGUCGGAGCGCAUCAGGCCUCUGAACCCCAACAGCCCCGCCUCUCGAAACACGUUCCACAAGAUGACCAUCCCCGUCCCGGAAGACCUGAGGGACAUAUGUGCAAGCGAUAGCGUUCACAAAGACUUCAGGAAAGCUAUUGGAGCCAACUGCAUCUUCUACUGCGCUCAAACACAUGAUCUCAUUGUCCUGUCUACAAAUGACACAACGGUAAAGCGUGCGACACUCCUGAGUGACAUGCAUUUCCGCAGCAUCCGCACCAAGCUCAUCCUAAUGUCCCGCAACGAAGAAGCCACCAAACAUUUGGAGACCAGUAAGCAGCUAGCAGCAGCGUACCAGGAAGAGGUCCGAGUCAGAGAGGACCUGAUGGGCCUCGCCAUUGGUUCCCACGGUGCCAACAUCCAGCAGGCCAGGAAAGUGCCCGGAGUGACGGCCAUCGAGCUUGAGGAGGAGAGCUGCACCUUCAGGAUCUACGGAGAGACUCCUGAAGCUGUGAAGCAGGCGAGAGAAUAUCUGGAGUUCAAAGAAGAUUAUUUCCAGGUUCCCAGGAACCUUGUAGGCAAAGUCAUCGGAAAGAACGGCAAAGUCAUCCAGGAGAUAGUGGACAAGUCGGGCGUGGUCCGCGUCCGGAUCGAGGGAGACAACGACAAAAAACUUCCCCGGGAGGAGGUAGGCAGGCAGGGGGCUGGCAGAGACGACACUGCCGGCAGCAAAGAGGGCAUGGUUCCCUUUGUGUUUGUUGGUACUAAGGAAAACAUCAGCAAUGCUCAGGCCUUGUUGGAGUACCAUGUGUCCUACCUGCAGGAGGUGGAGCAGCUGCGCCUCGAGCGCCUCCAGAUUGACGAGCAGCUCCGUCAGAUCGGGGUGGGAUACCGCGCGGCCCCCAGCCGACCCGCUGGGCCCGGCGGCGACCGGGAGAAAGGUUACAUGACGGACGAGAGCAGCAACUCUCUCCACGCAUCGCGUACCUACGGCGGGCGUGGCCGAGGACGAAGACCCUCCAAUACACAGUACUCUGGAUACGGCACAAACUCCGAACUGUCAAAUGCUUCCGAGUCGGAGGACGUCAACGACCGUGACCUGAGGCCCCGUGGCAUCGGUGGGGACGAGAGAGGUUCCAGACGGGGAGGCAGGGGCCGAGGCGCAAACUCGGGACGGGGGCGCGGGGGCCCCGCAGCCAAACCCUCCAACUCGAUUAGCUCAGUUCUGAGGGAUCCAGACAGCAACCCAUACGCUCUGCUGGAGGGAGAGGGCGAGCUUGCAGACGCUGACCUCAGCGAGGGCAUGGUGGGGGACCGCCACAGACGCUCCCGCCGGCGCCGUAACGACCAGGAGCCCAGCGUGAUGGACGCCGCCACGGAGUCGGACAAUCAGGCCGGCCCCAGUGAGAACGGACUAGGUGAGAACCACCCGGUGUGUUGCAAACAGCUGAAAGUAAAACUUCUCCAGAACUUAAAGCCGGUUUUGCCAAAGGCUAGUGAAUCGAGUGGCAGCCGGCCAGAGGGAGGGUCCGCCAGUCGUGACAGGCAGCCGGGAGAAAGUGUGACCGUAGCCGACUACAUAUCCCGUCCUGAGUCCCAGAGCCGACAGAACCUGCCUCAGAAGGAGAACCACUCUGGACCUGAACCCAAGGAGAACGGAACCAGUGCAAAGAAGGAGGAGCGAACGCCCUCUAAGCGUUCUCCUAGCAAAGAGACGCCGACUUUGGUCAACGGGGUCUCAUAAGGAGACGAGCCCCCACUCCCUUCGCGAACCCAAGUCUCAAGCAAGACUCCAUGGCAAACUGUGUCCCUGCUUGCAUUAACUUAAACCUUAAGAGAUGAAAAGUACCUGACAAAAUACCUGAGUUCAUACUAUGAGAUGGAAAAAGUAUAAAAAACUAAAAAAAAAAACAAAAAAAAGAAAACCGACAAACGCAUCUACUUAAAACCACACGUUAACGGUGUAUGCUAUCCUAUCUAUCAGUACUUAGUGCUUAUUUAAAAACUCAACUAGCUUGCCAAACGAGAGCUGGUGCAUAUUUCUCAAGAUACUGAAAACACAAACAGGACAAGACUUUUUUUUUUUUUUUUUAACGGUUGACUUUCUUUGUGUCCUUUUUGUUUAACGUUAAUUCUGUUCAUUGUUUAUCACUGGUUUGGACUGGGCCGUUGCUCUCUCCACCAAAAAAAAAAUCGGACGUGUCUUGGUGUUAACAGAACCGACGAGAGAUGUGAACCGCAGGCGUGCGAGCAGACAGUCCUGUAGUUUAUGCGAAGCAGUGUUCGCGCAGAGCAAAGAUGGACAGAUCGGAAUAUUGAUAGACAUUGUGCCUUGAAUUUGGAAAAAAAAAAAAAAAGAAAUAAACUUAAGUUUUUCCAUAAAGUUUGGUUUUGUUUCCUGAGAAGACAUAACUAGAGGGGGACGUUCGUCUAGUUUUAUGUUUUAUUUAAAAUUUGGUUUGAUGGAUGGAACAGAAGGGGAGUGAUCUAGAAUCAGAAAAUGGCUGACCAGUGUAAACGAGUGGGAGGGGUAAACCAAGUCUGGUGCCAAAUACAAAAUCCUAACAGCCCUCGUCCUCAUUCCGUGUAUAAUGGGGGCGGGGAGCAGAGCAUGCAGAUCCGAGUGAAGGGAUUUGGCAACGAUAAAACUAAACCACGAGGGUUGACGUAACAAAGCAAAGUGCUGAGGGGAUGUCGUGUUCCCCCUCUUGCCUAUAGAUCUUUCAACUGUCCAGGGUUGAGUCCAGACAGGCACACUUGAACUGUAGAUUUAAAUUUACAAAGAAAACUACACAGUGCCUCUUUCUCUGUGUCAGAGGGGCGGCAGCAACUUCAGCCUCUGCUGAUUUCAACCACUGCAGUGGACGGCUCCGGAAGCACCAGGGGGCUUCUAAUAGGAGGGCGUGGAGGGCCGAGAGACUGCAGACUGUGGGACAGGGACGAGAGCCACAUGGGACACAGUUGCACAUACACACACAGAGCACCAGGGGGCGCACAGAUCAAUGCUGUUUGGGGAGAAAAAAGAAGGAAGAUGUCUGUCCUGUAGAGGGCAGCAGAGUUGGGUUGAAGGGACUGGAAACCUCAGUGGCUCUCUGCUCAUGUUGUUACUGUUGUCUUGGUUACAGCUCUGCGUUCUUACUUUUUUUUGUUGCUAUUUCCACAUCUUUAGAAAAAUCUGAAAUAAAACAUUGAAGUGAAAUCAACCUCUCCUGUGGAAAUGAGCUCUGAUUUCUUUGUCUUGUGAGUUUGCAGUCUAUUUUUCUACCUUGCAUGGCAUUUAGUUACUGAGUGGUGCCUGUCCAGUGCAUGAGGAAAGGAUAUUAAUCUUUUUUUUUAAGUCAUUGUUUAACAAGCUAGAAUUGCUGCUAAUCUACCCACUGAAUGUCCAUCUAAUGUAGAAACUCUACCUUGAGAGGAGAACUUUAUUUGUGACUAAAUCAACUUUUUUUUUCUACCCUUGGGUCCAUCUUUGAUUCUUAUUCAGUAGAUGCUAGUCAGGGAAAGAACUUGUCCCUUUACUCAUGACUCUCACAAAGUAUUACAAACCCAAGGCCAACAUGGUGCAUGUCAAGCAUUCUCAUGACCAAAGGUUUGGAGAGACACCUGACAGGGUAUGCACUUGGUUGAUUUGAGACCACCCCUUCCCUCCCUCCUCCAUGCUGCUGUUGUAGAUUUCUGCCCAACCAUUUUGUUUUUAGCGAAAGAACGAGCAUUCAAGUGUUUGGACCUUGUUUCAGUUGCAUGUAUGAGUGGAUGUGUAUUUGCCUUCUUACCUCAUUCUGUUGACUGCUGUAUUCUCUACUGUAUCUGUAUUCCCCACGUUGAGUUGACAGAGUGCCUGCUGUGUGUGUGUGUGUGUGUUUGUGGAUGCUAGGUGUACUGUUGACUCCUCACUGUCAGAUUUAUGUCUUUGGUUUUCUCACUCAUGUUCUGAUGGCAAUAAAGGACUUUUCAUUGUUUGAUA